GGAAUUUUCCACCAUUCUUCCAAAAGCGCAUUGUGUUCUAUCGGGUUCAGGUCAGGACUCUGUGCAGGCCAGUCAAGUUCAUCCACACCAGACUCUGUCAUCCAUGUCUUCGUGCACUGGUGCACAGUCAUGUUGGAAGAGGAAGAGGCCCGCUCCAAACUGUUCCCACAAGCCGACAGUACAGUACAGUCACAGGAUGCAGAGGGUGUGACGUUACAUUCGGUGAAGUGCGACGUUUUGAUCCGACACAUACAGAAGUGUGCUGUUUCGCUGGCCGGAGAACCUGUAGACGCGGGAAGAGACAAAAUGCUGCGGUUCAGUGUGUGGAUCUCAUUUGCGGCCUUGGUCUCCUGUAAAGUUCCAUGUCCUGACGGAAGCGUCUGCUCCGACCAUGCAACCUGCUGCCAGACGGAGCAGGGGUACAGCUGCUGUCCUUACCCCAAAGCUGUGUGUUGCCCCGACUUGGCCAACUGCUGCCCACCGGGGUUCCAGUGCAACUUGGCCUCUCAGCUGUGCGAGCGAGGCACCGAGUCGUGGAACAACCCACCGUUGUUGGCAAGACAGGCUGCUGUGGAACCCCGAGUCACCCCACUUCGACCCGUGUCUCACACCAGUAACCUGAAAAAGACGUCUGUCACAUCUGCGGCAGAGGCCAGUGGAAGCCGGCAGGAGCUGGAAGUCAUUCGCUGUGAUGCCAAGUUCUACUGCCCGCAGGGCACAUCUUGCUGCAAAGGAUUAUCUGCCGGCUCUUGGAAUUGCUGCCCCUACCCACUGGGCCAGUGUUGUGUGGACGGUCAGCACUGCUGUGAAUAUGGAAACACUUGCAACAUCUCCCCUUUGUCGUGCACUAGCCCACACACCUCAUGAGUCCACCGCCUUCGCCUUUCUUGCCGCUACCUUACCUUCCAUCUCAGAUCUCUCCUAGGGCUAAUCCUUUUCCUUGUGACUUAGUGCCAAGACAUAUUCUCAUCCAGUACUAUCAGCCAUGUUGGAUACACUCACAGUGCAGUUGUGGUCCCCCUCACGCCCCAUGUGUCUGUGGGCAUGGCGAUUGAACGCUGCAUUUUGUGGAAUAAAGAAAGA